AUGAGGGUGAUCAUUGUUGCUUGGGCUCGUGAGUUUGCCAUGGAAGUUGGUCUCCAAGAAACUGUUGUGGAGAUCAAAAGGAAAAUAGAACAAUUUCUGGGUAUACCAGUUGCUUCACAAACUCUCUCUGUAUCUGGUUGGGAGCUAGUUGAUGGAUUAGACAUGGAAGAUUACCCAAUUGUCUAUGAAGGCACCAAAAUCGACUUGACCAUUAAAUCCAUACUCCCUCCAUUCAACCAUUCUGAUAAAAUCUACAUUACAGUGAAGUUCUCAGCUAGACAGAUUAAUGUAGAAGUGGAUAGAACAGAAACAGUUCGUAGCCUAAAAGAGAAAAUUCACAUAAUGGAUGGCACACCAAUCAAAAGAAUGUCACUUUUCUUUUCUGGGGUAGAGUUGGAUGAGGAUUUUCGCAAUCUAAGCGAAUAUGGAAUCCGCGAAUCAUGUGAAAUUAUUGUGUUUCUGAAAACUAUGCACCACCUGAGGGACGAUCCUCCGCCAAGAAGGCUGUGUGUAAUUGUGCAAACUUCUUCUUGCUUGCUUAACGCGGCGAGUAUUCCAUUGGAAUUGAAGGACAGCAGUACUGUUAAUGACUUGAGGCAGCUGCUUUUGAGCAGAAAAAUUCUUCCACUUGAUGAUUAUUUGUUCAUACACAAGCAGAGGAUUAUGCGGGACGGUUGUAGCCUCCGAUUGCAUGGUGUGGAAAAUGGGGAUGUGCUUUAUGUUUUUCAGGGGACUGUGAGUCGCACUGGGUAUUGAGAUCCAAACAGUUUUCUUUUCAUGCAAGUAGUUUUCAAAAAGUUCUGCAGUUACAUAGGGUAAAAUAUCAUAGAAGUUCCAGUGAACCAAAAUAAAAUACAACGAUCUUAGAGUUUAGCUUUUCAAAUCAAGCUUGAAUUCUCUGUAGCCUAGAGUUUGGUGAGAUGCACUGAUGCGCUUAUAUUAU